CAGUUUAGAGCGCAGGCUAUACCACCCGUUUUCAAGUCCAUUCGCUCAUUUUUCAUGCCUCUGACAUGCGGUAAUGCGCACACCGAUGCUAUCUGCUGAAUUAUAGCCUACCACUGUUAAAAAGUAUUCUCAUUCUCAUCAUUUUACCAGAGAUCUACAGAUACACUUAACGGACCGUCUUACUAUUACCCCUACUAAUGAGUGUGUUUAUUAAUCAGUGUGUGUGUGUGUGUUGGGGGGGCUGCUGGGUAAGAGUCUGUAUAUAUUAUUUGAAAUGCAUAUGAAUCCAUAAAUGUGUGUUGUAGUCAUUCCCGGUGCGUUCUCUGGGCUGGGUGGAGAUGGCAGAGAGAGAUCUGACAGAGGGAAGGAGCAGUGUGGCAGUCCAUCACUGUAUCAGACAACUGUCCUACUGUAGGAGGGACAUACAAGACUCCGCUGGGGUCUGGGGAGAGGGUAAGGACAUGCUGCUGGUGCUGCAGGACCGUGAUCUGACCCUGGUUGACCCUGACGACCACAGCCUGCUCCACUCUCAGCCAAUCAGCAGUAUACGUGUGUGGGGCGUUGGCCGAGACCACGACAGGGACUUUGCCUAUGUGGCGAGAGACAAAACCACGCGGGUGUUGAAAUGUCAUGUGUUUCGAUGUGAUACCCCUGCAGAAGCCAUAGCAACGAGUCUCCACGAAAUCUGUUCCAAGAUUAUGGCUGAGAGGAAGAGUGCCAAAGCUGCUGCCGGCAGCUCAUCCCAAACAGGCUCCGAUGUUCCUCUCCAGGAGUUUCCCAUGCCAAAGACUGAGCUGGUGCAGAAGUUCCAUGUACACUACCUGGGGAUGACGUCCGUGUCUCGCCCCAUAGGUAAGAGAAGUAUGGACAUCAUCAACGGGGCUAUAGAGAGCCUGGUGUCCUCCACAGGGAAAGAGAACUGGACCCCUGUUACUCUGAGUGUAGCAGAUGCCACUGUAGCUGUUAUCAAGGAGAAGGAAGAGGAGGAGGAGAUACUGGUGGAGGGCCGCGUGCGUUUCCUGUCCUUCAUGGGCGUGGGCCGGGACACCCACACUUUCGCCUUCGUCAUGGACUCUGGGAACCAGCACUUCCAGUGUCACGUGUUCUGGUGUGACCCCAACGCUGGCAGCGUGUCUGAGGCUGUCCAGGCAGCCUGUGUGCUGCGUUACCAGAAGUGUCUGGUGGCCCGCCCACCCUCCCAGAGAGCUGGCUCCUCCUCCCCGCCACCCGACUCGGUGACACGCCGGGUGACUACCAGCGUCAAGCGUGGAGUCCAGUCUCUCAUAGACACUCUGAAAACUAAGAAACCACCCUCAGAACUGCCCCAGCAAUGACGGACAGCUCGCUGACCACACCCCCAACCCCAGCCUCUGGCUCUGUCACUCACACUAUCGCCACAACUACGACCUACAAACACGCCUAUCCAAUACCAACCAUGGUAACCAACAAUGUACAUACAUGUUAACUUAUUACCACUGGGCAGACCAAAGGACGAAUGGGGCUGKAUAGUGACAUCUGCUCAAAAUAAUAAAAAGUUAAAUAAUCGGCAGAAGAAGAGGAGGAGGAAGUCCAAGCUUCAGCAUGAUGAGGUGCUGGUGAUUUGUGUCUCCAUUGGAACUUUCCAUUGACCUUUGAACUCUGCCGUGUCAUAGCAAAACUGUCCCACUUUAGCCAGUCCACUCCUGUCUUCACCUGGCAUCACCCCAGUCUUUGUGGAGUAUUAUAACUACUGAGCUCCAUGGAGUAUUAGAAUACUACUGAAUAACACUGGACAAACCUGAGAAAAAGAACCAAUCCCCAUUGAGUUCUGGCUUAGUUGCAUCAGGAGGACCAUUGACCUCCUUUAUCUUCCCCGUUUUCUACUUGUUGAGCACAGUGAGAGCAACCCUGUUCCCAUCACAGUGCCAAACUGCAUAGCAUUCCAGAAUGGGACACACACACAUGUCUCUUUAAGACGUCUGUCUCGUUGACGUGGAAACGGGACAUGCUUCUGGGGAAAGCCAACCAUCACGGACAAGGCCACUGACCAAUCAGCACCAUCCAGCUGCUCUACCCGACCUAGUAACCUUUGACCCCCCAGACUGCAACAGAGACGUGUCAUGUGAUGGACUAUACAGGCAUGAUGUAAUAACAUAGACAAGAAGUAAACAGAACAUGGGAACCAAUGUAUUCCAUUCCCUGGCUAGGAGUUCCAUCUGGCUCACAAAACAGACUGAACCAAUGUCUCACUUGAGGAGGGGUGCGCGAAUGUACUAUAAUUACCCCUCUGAUUGUAAAGUAAUGAUUGUAUCCCCGGUUGGAGAGGAGAUGUUAGAAAUGAGGAGGAAUGGGGUGGUGAUGGUGCUGCAUGUGUCUGUAAUCUGAAUGUGAGGAGAUGGAUAGAUCGUUAUGGGGGAGAGAGGUUACUGAGGAGGGUGUCAAUAUGGACAUAGAUGCUCUGCAAAAAAGCCCAACCCCACCAGACUAUCUAUCUAUAUAUAUAUAGAUAUACACACACACACACACACACACACACACACACACACGGAGGACUGACUCCUAUUGGACCCAGGGACACCUCUCUCCACUCUAGCUCAACUCUGAAUGCAAUAUGCAAUCCAAUCCAACGUUUAAAAAAAUAUAUAGAUGUGAAAAUACUGUCAUUCAUGUGCUCUGUUCUUCACUCAUCUCUACACCAUGUAAAUGUAAUCUGUUGUGAAAAUAAAUGCAUUACCAAAAAAGG